AUGGCUACCUGGCAUUUACACACUGAUGUCAUCAACCAUUUAAUCCCGGUCACAAAAGAUCCCUAUCUGUUGGAUUGCUUCGGCUGGAACAGCAUCGACUGGGCGACAGCAGACCCAUCGGUGCUCUCUAAAUUCCCCCUCGAAACCCGACCCGAGGAAUACAUCCCCACCAGCGUAGCAACACGCAAAUCUCACGUACGUCGGAACAUCAGCAAUCUAGCGCGCGCAAUGCUCCAAGCCAACGUCGCAAACGACAACCGACUUCCCGUCCUGGGCGAAUAUCUGCUGAUCAUGCACGACACGACCGACGCCGAACAUGCAUUCCAGCUCAACGUACACCUGUACGCCACCACGGCGGAGGGACCACUGGCGUAUUGGCUCGCGUGCAACUCGUGCGAGACCGAUAUCACGGGCAAUCUCUACAUCUGUCUCACGUGCGCCGACACAGCCUUGUGCGAGGAUUGCAUAACGAAGUACAAAGACAAGACGAAGGAGAUGAGGUCCUGUAAGGAUCACGUGUAUCAUGGCAUCUUGUCGCAUCGGCAUUAG